AUGCGGCUUUCACUCAUUUUCAGCGCCAUCGUCGGCAUCGCCAACGCAUCUCCAUCACAAAUAGUCUCACGCGAUUUCGACGCUAUCAAUACCGUGUUGGCCAAUGUUACGGAAAGCGUCAAGGCUUUGUCAAGUGUGGCCGACUCUGGCAACGCAGAUCCAGCCACGCUUCUGAAAGCCUCUGAUCGUAUCGUUCAAUCUAUUCAGGUCGCUACAUCUACUGUCAACGCCACGGGCAACCUCACCUACAUCGAAACCGUUCACCUGAUUGGGCCAGUACACAAAAUGUCAGAGUUGUCAGCAGACCUUGCGAAAAACAUGGUCAAGCUCAAGAGCUCGAUAGAGACGCAGAAGCUUUGCAUGGUUGUUCAAUUACAAGUAGCAAAUAUCAACAAAGGAGCGACUUCCUUGAUCGCAGCCGUCAACAGCAGGGUGCCUUCUGCUGCGCUUGAGAUUUCUGAAGCGCUAUCCGAGGGCAUAACCGACUCUUUGAAGAGCGUCCAAGACGACUUUUCGACCGAAAACUGCGUCAAUGGACGGAACGUGACAACCACCUCUGCCAGCUCACGUCUUGGCUUUGGGCCCUCGAGCGUCUUUUUUUCCCUUGCUCUCGGCCUGGUAGCCACUUUGGCUCUGAUUUAG